UUCAGCAAGGUAGUCUCUGUAGCUAAGCUGUAGCUAACUCGCGCUAAAAGUCAACCUCCGGCAAACUGCUGCAGACAGCUUGAUGUGACUCCGAGCACGGAGCUUACAUGCGUGCCUACUCCGUUUAAUGCGGACUGUCCACGUCGGAAAGGACGGUUGCUGUGGUGUGAGAGGCGUGAAAGAGGAGAGAGAGAGAGAGGUAGAGAGGCUCGUCACUGCCCACCACCACCACCAGCAGCAGCCGCAGCUCCGGGUAGUCUACAGCUGCAUCCUGCUGCUAGCUGAAGUUCCUCAUCCGUCUGUGGAGGAGGUGGUUCUGGAGAAAUUAGCUCAACUGGAAACACACCGAGGCGGGUGGAUACAUGUCUGCCUCUCAGCCACGACACCAGCUACGAAAGGGAAAUCUCGCAGUUCAUGUUUCGCCAAGAAGUCGGUGUGACGUCUUUUAUUCCAUCUUGUUCGUAUCUUUUCCAACACGAGAAGAGGAAUAUGUCCAGAUAUAACAUAUACAGCCUGUUGGACUGGAUCUAUGGCGGGGUGGACCCGAAGUUUGAGGGCAACGGGGGCCCCGAGUGCGCCGCCUUCAUCGCGCCCCAGCAGCGCAUUAGUGAGAGUCUGGUCAUCGUCGUGAUCUCCAUAGUGGAGAUAUUUGUGGCGCUGAGGAAGAUAAACAUCUCUAAAGAACUCAAAGUGGUGGGAAGAGACUGCGUGAGGUCGAAGGAGGAUAGCCUUGGCAAGAAUCUGUUGCUGGUUGCCCUAUGCAUGACUUUUGGUGUGGAGGUCGGGUUCAAAUUCGCCACCAAGACUGUGAUAUAUCUGCUGAAUCCAUGUCAUGUGAUGACCAUGGUGCAGAUCUUCCUGCUGGCCUGCCCGCCAUGUAAAACAGCGAUGGUUGUAUUUAGGCUGCAGGUCCAUAUGUUGAACGGUGCUCUGCUGGCUUUAAUGUUUCCUGUAGUCAACACUAGACUGCUGCCGUUUGAGAAGGAGAUCUACUACAUCCAGCACUCCAUGCUCUACCUGGUGCCUCUUUACCUUUUCAGGAAAGGAGGCGUUUACAAGCCAGAGCCUCUGGGGGACAUGUGGUGGGCACUGCUGUCCACUGGCAUCCUCUUCCUCUACCACUUCCUCUUCUUGCAACUUCUGGGUCUGGCUACUGAGGUCAAUCUAAACAACAUGCUUUGCCCGGCCGUGUCCGAUCCCUUUUAUGGGCCCUGGUACAGGGUUUGGGCGACGGGCCACCAGACCCUGCUGACCCUCAGUCACGGGAAGGUCCUCACACUCCUGUCGCAACACACAGGUUCAGUCUGCAGAUACCUGCUGGACACCCUCCGACUACGCAGCAAGAAAGUUGACUGAAUAUCUGCAAAGACACACACAGACCUGGCCUUUCACUCUUAAAUGCCUGCUCUUUUCAUGGAGUUUUUUUCUUUUUUCUUUUUCUUUUUUUUUUUUUUAUUGACAUUUUAAUACAUCUUUUAAGACUCACCAUCUGUUUUACUGAAAUGUGAGCAUUUCAGGGUCAGUGAAUCAAUGUGUCAUUCUUUUUAGUGUUGUAGUUGGCUUGAAUACAUACAGUACUUGCAUGCACAAACAUAAUAGGCAUUUUAAGGGUGGUAGUUAGCAUCAUCGAGUUAGCCUUUUUUGUUUUGUUUUUUGGAAUACGCUUUCCAGAAAUACGUACAUGAAUUUGAGGGAGAUAACUAUUUCUCAAGCUGCCUUUUUGUAAAUGUAAAGUUCUAAGGACAGAAAAUAGGAGUCACUCUAAUGUCACUAUUGAUCUACAUUUGUUACACUUUCAGUUCUUUACAUGGUAGUUAUGCUAGUUCAUAUGUUAGUGGGUAUAGCUUCCAUUUUAUUUGUCUCAAGUGCGUUUUGAACCAGAUUGUUAAUGUGAGAUAUUGUAAAAGUUGUUGCUUGUUUAUAGUCGGAUUGACAUGUAUGGUCCCAUGUCAGUGUUGUCAUGAAUGCAAAUAGAAACUUAUUUAUGGCACCACUCUGUUCCCACCUCACUACACACAGGUACAGGGUUAAAAAAAAUAAAAAAUACAGCGUCUGUCUCCCACCUUCAGCCCAUUCAGAACAUUCCAGCUGUGAUAAUCAGGGGACACGAGGAUGUAUUAUUGUGCUGAGAUUCAAAGUGAUGAAUGAGAAUUUAUAAAGUUACACUGGGGGUGUUAUUGUGACCUCUGCCGAGGAGGCUAUGUGUUUGUGUGUGUUAUUUUAUUGUAAUGCUGGACCAUAUUCAAUGAGGUAUGAACUUCAGUGGUCGUUUGGAUGAAUGUGAUGUUUGCCAAGAUGGAACAGAUCUUGACAAAAUAUGUAUUUGGGCUGGAAACUUGCAUCAUGACUCUAAUAUUGAUUUUUUUUUUUUUUUUUUUUUUGAUGCUCAAGUUAAUCUUACAAGACACCCCAAAUUUACGGCACCACCCACAACUGUAAGAGUCACAGUCUCAGUUUUGUAUAAAAAAUUAAUCUGAUGAUUUGCAUGAAGUCACUUUGGGUCAUGUAUUGACUACCCAUUGGGAAGAAAGUGUUAACUAUUAACAUGGAUAAAUGGAAUAUGCCAGUCAUAGCCUGUAUCAUUUCAAGUGUGAGGGGUGUGUGUAUCGUACUGUAAUGUAGCAUAUACUGUACUUCACUGUAAAGAAGGGAUAAGAAACUUUUGUAUUUCUAUAAGUUUGACUGUGUGUGCUGUAUUGACAAUAAAA